AUGGCAAGAGAAGCUGGACUGGUACAAUUCAGCGAAAACGAAGAGGGCCGCUUUUUAGGACCCUCGAGCGGCAUUGCCAUCACACGCUUUGUCAUGGACUUUGCACGGCGCAACGCCACUAGACGAACCAUCAAAGAUGUUGUCUCCCAGCAGUCGGCUCGGGAAAUCAAAGACAAGUUUGAGAUGGAGAGCAGCAAGCCUACUUCAAAGGUCUAUCCGCUUAUCAGCUCGGUUGCCGCGCCCGACCUCCCGAACCGCGAUCUGAUGGAGCGACUGGUUGAUAUUUACAUGGUCAAGGCACAGUAUAUGUUGCCAUUGCUUCAUGAGCCGUCUUUCAAGGAAGAUCUGCAGAAGGUCUACAAUGGAUCAAACGACUCGACUCUCAAUUUCCAGGUCCGUAUGGUUGUUGCCAUCUCAAUGCAGAAGCUCGACACGCAAUAUGCGGGUUUAGCUGAUAGCUACUACCUGGCAGCUCUGCCAUUUCUGACAGGGGCCAUACAGAAGAAGGAUCUUUCGACGCUUCAAUGCUACGCGCUGAUAGCCCAGUACUCGCUCCUGACGCCAACCCGCACAGCGGCUUACUGGGUUGUUGGUCUUGCUGUCAAAUUGUGUCAAGAGCUCGGCAUUUGUGAAGAAGCGACCAUUGAUUCACCCAACGCUGGAUCUCGUCCCACAUUUCUGGACGUCGACAUGCGGAGGAGGUUAUUCUGGAUCAUUACUUCUAUGGAAUACGGCCUGUCUCACAGCCUUGGACGUCCAAGCGCUUUCGGCGUGACGGUUGAUAACCUCAACGUGAACUUCUUUCAGCUUUGCGAUGAUCGCUACAUUACUGACGACGGCCUACUACCGGGUCAUCAUCCAAUUAUGAAGAAGUGCAUUGCUAUCCAUUUCCUCAAAAUGCGACUACUGCAGGCCGAAGUUCGCAGAAUGCUCUACCUAAGGAAGCGAGAUACGCCAAUCAAUGAUCAAGACCCUUGGUUUGGAGAUAUUUUGCGUCGCAUUGACGAAUGGGUUUCGAACUGCCCACACAACGACGAGGGGAGCGGGUUAAGUCCAGCUUGGUUCACCGGCAGGAAAAAUACCAUGAUCGUCAUGAUUUUUCGCCCUUCGCCCCAAAUUCCCAAUCCUACACUUGAAGCCGCUUUACGCUGCUACGAUGCGGCAGUGUACAAUAUCCACCUACAGAAAAAGCAAGUUGAGGCUCGCUUGAUUGACAUUACGUGGAUAUUUACUCAAGCCAUCAACAUGGCGCUCAACACGGUAUUGUGGUCGAUCUCAUAUGCAGAGGUGCGACGUCUACACCCUAUAGACGAGGUCCGUGGCCAAAUACAAGCUGCCUACGACGCUAUUGGAAUGUGUGCUGAUCGGUGGCCUGGCGUUCGAUCGGCGCUUCAGCUUUACGAGAACCUCAUCCAGAGCUGUCUCAAAGCAUACGAUAACGACCGGGUCGCAGAAUCACCAUACUCGACAUCGUCUGUUCCCGACCUAAGCUCUGGAACCUCGCAAGUCGCCCACAGCCCUUCCAGUGCAACAACUGCCUCUCUAUACGGACCUCAAUCGCCACAGUCUGCCAAUGUUGUUCCAAUGAAUUCACACCAGGUUUUCAAGACCGAGGCCAAUGGGUGUAUUGAUCCUGGAGCUGCCAGGCUUUCGCCGAACAGCACCACGAGCACUGUUCAGACUCAACCACAAGCACAAACUGGCACAAUGUACUACACAUCACCUCCUAAUGUGAUGGUUCCGCCAUCGGACAUCCACUACAGUCUGCCGUCUUUCGAUCCUUAUAGUACAGUUGUGCCCACGAACGGCAGUCUAGCUCAAUGGACCUCCACUCUACCAGCCACGACCAUGAGCACUGGCUAUGCAAGGUCACCAAACUUUGACUAUGGGUCUCCCCCGUGGCUACCGGCAUUUGGCGAUGAAUACUCAAGAUACCUACAUCAGGCCUACGGACCAGCAGCCAACGGCAUGGGAUCGCUGAGCGAGCAACAGCAGAUGGAAUUGAUGCAGUCGCUUGAGCAUUCACAGCUCCCAGAUGUAUCCAAUCUGGCCAGCGAUGCAACGACAUACUAUACUGUGGGACUUCCUUGA